AUUUAUCCAAAAUCCAAAACAUUUUAACGCCUAAUCACGUUGAAAUAAUAAUAAUAAAAAAAACUUUAACUCAAACACGUCUGACAGAAACGGCGACUGUGUCCUCGUUUCAUUAGUUACUGCCUCCCUGCUCUGUCUUUUUUAGGACACCUCCAGAGCGCAGAUGCCGUGUCUGUCUCUUUAAAACACAGUCUCCUGGAGGUUGGCGAGGAUUUGUUGCGGAUAGCCGAGGAGUGCGCAGCUCCGCUCGGCAUGUGCGACGCUUUCACACAACCUGCAACUACCCGGACCGGACUGAGGAGGGAGGAUUUUUAAAAAAAAUUAUUUAUGAUCGGGUUAAAUAUAGUUAAACCUCUUCUUUUUUUCUUUUGUGUGUAUGUGUUUUCGGUAGCAGAAGCGGGACAUCUUAGAAAGAAGUCGUGCGUGUGUCGCGCGUAACCAUGCGCGCAUGAAGAAGUGAUGCUGCCGAGUUUAGUCCUAAGGUUUCUCCGGGGCGGUGCUGCCGCUGCUGCUGGUGAUGAUGAUCCUGCUGCUAUCGUGGCUAUGUGGGAGUGAAAUCAAAGUUUUUUCCGGGUGAUUUUACUCGCUUCAGAUAUUCCAGCUGAGGCUCUGUCUCCAGACUGCUUCAGUUUUAAAUCUGGGCUCCGGUGUGUGACUGGAGGUUUAAUUGAUAAUUUUUUGGCGGACUGCAGACUGGCACCGGGAGAGUGUGGAGAUGAACUUUGGAAAUUUACUACUUGUGACUAUCUCAUUCAUCGCCAUCGCUUCAGGGUCCAGGGCUCGGUUUGAAGACAGCGCACCGCGGAUCGUGGAGGACCCCUCGGACUUGAUCGUCUCCAAGGGGGAGCCCGCGACCCUCAACUGCAAAGCGGAGGGCCGACCCGCGCCCAGCAUAGAGUGGUACAAGGAUGGUGAGCGCGUGGAGACCGACAAGGACGACCCCCGCUCUCACCGCAUGCUCCUGCCCAGCGGCUCCCUCUUCUUCCUGCGCAUCGUGCACGGGCGACGGAGCAAACCGGACGAGGGCGUCUACACCUGUGUGGCCCGCAACCACCUGGGAGAGGCCAUUAGUCGAAACGCCUCGCUGGAAGUCGCCAUCCUGAGAGAUGAUUUCCGGCAGGCCCCGAGUGACGUGGUGGUGGCUGCGGGUGAGCCUGCCGUGUUGGAGUGUGUGCCGCCGCGUGGUCACCCCGAGCCCGUCGUGUCAUGGAAACGCAACAACAUCCGAGUCAGCGCCAAGGAUGAACGCAUCUCUAUGCGUGGAGGCAAACUGAUGAUCUCUCAUACCAGGAAGAGCGACGCUGGCAUGUAUGUUUGUGUGGGCACCAAUAUGGUCGGAGAGAGGGACAGUGAUCCUGCAGAGCUGGUGGUGUAUGAGCGACCCGUGUUGGUGCGGAGGCCGGUGAAUCAGGUGGUCAUGGAGGAGGAGACCGUCGACUUCCUAUGUGAGGUUCACGGAGAUCCUGCUCCUACUGUGCGAUGGCGGCGAGAGGAAGGAGAGCUUCCCCGCGGGAGGUUUGAAAUACGCAACGGCAACAGCCUUCGUUUGCUCCGCGUGAAGGAACAGGACGAAGGGACGUACACCUGCACAUCAGAGAACAGUGUGGGCAAGACUGAGGCUUCAGCCAUGUUGCAGGUCCAUGUGCCACCCCAGAUUGCUACAAAACCCAGAGACCAGAUUGCCACCCAGGGGAGGAGCAUCACCUUCCAAUGCGGCACCACAGGAAACCCUCCACCUGCCAUCUUCUGGCAGAAAGAGGGCAGCCAGAUGUUGUUGUUCCCCGGCCAGCCACCAUCACAGUCCGGCCGUUACUCUGUUUCCAUGAGCGGAGAGCUGACCAUCACUGACGUCCACCCCGAGGACUCGGGCUUUUAUAUCUGCCAGGCCAUCAGUGUGGCAGGAAGCGUGUUGACCAAGGCGCUGCUGGAGGUUGAAGGAGGUCCCUCAGGUCGCGUCCCACCGAUCAUUCGCCAGGGCCCGGCCAACCGGACUGUAUCUAGGGGUGCGACGGCUCAGCUGCAUUGCCGUGUAAUUGGAGGGACUUCGGUGAAGAUUUCUUGGGAGAAGGAUGGAGAGAGACUUCAGGGAAAUAAACCUCGCCUGACCUUGAUUGAGAACGGCACGCUGCAAAUCACAGAUGCAAAGGAAGUGGACUCGGGGAUGUACACGUGCGUGGCAUCCAGCGCCACGGGGGAGUCGAGCUGGAGUGGGAUGUUGACUGUCAGAGAAGACGGAGCUUCUCCAGUAUCAAGAGUUUCUGAGUUCAUCCAGCUUCCAGGACCCCCGCAGAAGCCGGUAGUGACGGAUGUGACCAAAAACACAGUCACCCUCACCUGGCAGUCCAAUCCACACGAAGGCGGAGCCGCAGUCACCUCCUACAUCAUCGAGGCCUUCAGCCAAUCAGUGGGCAGCACCUGGCAAACCGUGGCGGACCACGUGAAGCAGGAGACGCACACGGUUGUCGGGCUCUUCCCCAACACGGUUUAUCUCUUCAUCGUCCGAGCGGUCAACUCUUACGGCCUCAGCGACCCCAGCCCGAUCUCUGAGCCCGUCAGGACGCAGGAUGGGAGUCCGACAGAACAGGGUGUGGACCACAGGCAGGUGCAGAGGGAGCUGGGAGAGGUGUCCGUCUACCUGCAGAAGCCUGUGGUUCUGUCUCCCACCAGCGCCAGGAUUUCUUGGACUGUUGCCCGUCAGUCUCAGUACGUUCAAGGUUACCGUAUAUUUUACCGGACGAUUGGCAGCUCCUGGUUGGUCCAGGAUGUAGAGGCCACGUCUGAGUACAGCAGCAUCUUAGUGGAUCUGCACAGCAGCACAGAGUAUGAGGUCAAGAUACGGCCGUACUUCAACGAGUUACAAGGACAUGACAGCCUCAUGGUGCUUCUGCGUACCCCCGAGGAGGUUUUAAGCGCUCCUCCGCAGGCUGUGUCCGUGGUGCAGCUCACCAACAGCUCCAGUAUCAGUGUGUCCUGGGAGCCGCCGCCUCACAACGUCCAGACCGGCAUCAUUCGAGAGUACAAGGUCUGGUGUCUGGGCAGCGACGCGGAGCAGGAGAACCAGAUAAACCGAACGGUGGACGGAGCGGUUCUCUCCAUCCUGCUGACGGGCCUGCUGCCUGACGUCCGCUACUCCGUCACGGUGGCUGCUGUCACCAGCCUGGGUGUGGGUGCUCAAAGCCCGCCUGUCAACCUGCUUCUCACUCUCCCCACGGACAAAACUUCAACAACCGUGAAGAAGGGCAAUAAUCUGAGCAUAGCGGAGCAGAUCACCAGCGUGGUCCGCCAGCCGGCCUUCAUCGCGGGGCUGGGCGUGGCGGCGUGGCUGGUGCUGAUGGGCUUCAGCGGAUGGUUGUACUGUCGUCACCGCCGGAGGAAGCAGCUGGGACACUACACCACGUCCUUCGCUUACACCCCUGCAGUUGGCUUCGCUCACGGUGAAGGAUCAGGAGUCAUGAAUGGAGGGCCUGGCUUGCUCGGAUCAAAUAUGGGCAACUACCCGUGGCUGGCCGACUCUUGGCCCACUCCCAGCCUUACCCACAACAGCAAGGACUCAGUAAACUGCUGCUCCGGGAAACUGGACUCAGACAGAUACUACAACACUGUCGGGAUAAUCAACUACCCGAACCAGACAGAGAAACGCAGCACGGCGUCCACCGACAGCCCCAUCUACAGCACCAUCAACACGACUGCUGAGGACGACCUGCUGGCGUACUACGACACCUACUCCUGUGCGUCCUACAAACAGGGCCCAGACCCGUACAGCAGCAACCCGAAACUGACCAACACCGGGCUGCUGGGUCUUCAGCAAGACCUGGACCAGUGGACCAUCCAGUCUGGCCAUUCGUCCUCCGAAUACGCCAAGCUACAGUACAACAAGAAAUGCAACGACAAGCUGGCGAAGCAGCAGAGAUCCACCGGGUCCUCGUCGAAGUCGGCUCCUCUCACCUGGGUGGAUGUUUUGUCGCUGCCUCUUCCCGCCAACACAGACAGAGGUUACGCGGAGACAGACAGAGAAGAGGCGCAGCACAGCUCCGAGGAGGAAGAUGACGACUGGUGUCCUCCGCUGCCAGCCAGAACCUACCUAACGGACGCCUCCAGGGAGGAGGUCUGCAGCUCAGAAGAGUUGACUUCCCCCCAGCGAGACGCGCCCAAGCCUCACGAAAGCCCGCGGCUGCAGCACUUUGACCUUCUGACCCGUCAGCACUCCCAGGUCUCCCAGUCCGACCCCGAUCUGUUCACCAACACCAAAGCAAAGGAGGCCGACGAUGCGUACCACACCAGCCAAUGGGCGGAGGAUUUCAAGGGAAAAAGCCUCGGUAAAGGACAAUCUCCUGCUCCAGCUGCCGAGUCAGGCCCCGGGGCCCAGGCGCACAGGUCCAGGAGUAAGAAGAAAAUGCCUCGGGAUGGGCAAAACAGGCGAGAGCUGCCCAGCGAAGCAGAACUCCCCCCUCCACCGGCCCCUCCCCCCACAGAUGACUCCCUGCAGCUCCUGGCGGAUGUUUUGAGCCGCGGUGAAAGAAAAGAGGGGAGUGACUCACCCGUUCUUCAGAGGAAGGGAGGGCAUUUCUCGCCCCAGAGGAGAGGACCUACAAAGUGGUUAUCACAGGAUGAGAAUGUAAUCCCUUACGGACAGUCAAACUUCCUGCCAAAGGUCCAGAUGUCGGGCUACGGGUCUCUGGGGGGAGGAGUCGUCCCGCGACCCUCCACUGCCGGCCAGAGGAGAGAUGAGAACCUCAUGUAGGCAGAAGCUGAUUACGUGAUGUGACAUCCUCCUUCUUUUCCGCCCUGAUUUCCUGUCUUUGCGAACCAUCAAUCUGUUGCCAUGGUAUCUGAUGAAAAAAUUGAGACUAAAGGGAAAGCGUCAAGGCUUUGCCAUCUGCCUUUUGACAAACUAUUUGUAUUCUUUUUUUUUUUGUUUGUUUGUUUUAUUCAAUUUUUUUUGUGUGAUUUCCUUCACCCCCCUCCUCUGUGUAUAUAGACAUAUUUUCAAUUUUUUAAAAGAUGUGAUCAGAUAUAUUGAUUAAAAAAAAUGGAUCUGGGAGAAGAAAUACUGUAUUUUUAGGCAAAGGGAAGUAAAUGUAAGUGAUUACAUUGUUGUACAGCAGAUUAUUGAAUGUACUGAAUGUUUACUCCUGACCAUGAAACCCUGCGAUGUGUGUUUGACGGAACAUAACAAGAGACAUGACGCGGCGGGAAAUGCGUUAAUAACCCAUCAUGUUGGUGUGUAUGUGUGUGUGCGUGUGUGUGUGUGUGUGUGUGUGUGUGUGUGUGUGCGUGCGUGUCAGUGCAUGUUUGUGGUGUUUGUGCGUUACUGUUUUUAUCUCUCAUCUCUGUGUGGCUGUUAACUGUGGUACUCCUCUAGGUCACCAGUGUGUUCAUUUUUAAACUGAUCAAUAAAGCAUUUGUUACAAAA